AUGGCACCUCAUGCGGAUGACAGCAGCGACCUGGCGUAUAGAAAUGGGACUGGACCAACGAACGGGGUGUCCACUGGCAAAGAUCUCUUCACUGUCAACUCUCCCAAUGUUGAGUACACGGACAAUGCUAUCAAGAGCAAGUACACCUACCGCACCACCUCGGUCACUCAGGGUAGCGAUGGCAAGCUCGUUGCUGUGCCGGAGGAGAAAGUCUAUGACCUCAAGGUCGACCGAAAGCUGGGCAAAGUGGGUAUGAUGCUUGUUGGCUGGGGCGGGAACAAUGGUACCACCGUCACGGCAGGCAUUCUGGCUAACCGCCGUGGACUCGUAUGGGAGACCCGCGAGGGCAAGCGUGCCGCAAACUACUACGGUUCGCUAGUCAUGGCCUCCACUGUCAAGCUCGGAACGGAUGCUAAGACCGGGAAGGAGGUUAAUAUUCCGUUUCACGAUUUGCUUCCUAUGGUACAUCCGAACGAUCUUGUCGUGGGUGGAUGGGACAUCAACGGGAUGAACCUCGCUGAUGCUAUGGACCGAGCGGCUGUUCUGGAGCCCACCCUGAAGAGCAUGAUCAGGAAGGAGAUGGGUACUAUGACCCCACUUCCGAGCAUCUAUUAUCCGGACUUCAUUGCCGCCAACCAGGGCGACCGUGCGGACAACCUCUUGCCGGGCGAGAAGGCUUGUAUGGGUCAUGUUGAGCAGAUUCGCAAGAACAUCCGUGAUUUCAAGUCUGCAAAUGGCCUGGACAAGGUCAUCGUUCAAUGGACUGCAAACACUGAGCGUUACGCGGAGCUCAUUGAUGGCGUCAACGACACAGCCGACAAUCUCCUGAAAGCUAUUGAGAACAGCCACGAAGAAGUUGCACCUUCGACUGUCUUUGCCGUAGCAUGCAUCCUGGAGGGCGCACCUUUCAUCAACGGUUCUCCACAGAACACCUUCGUGCCCGGUGCAAUCGAGCUUGCAGAGAAGCAUGGUGCAUUCAUUGGCGGAGAUGAUUUCAAGUCUGGCCAGACGAAGAUGAAGUCUGCUCUGGUCGACUUCCUGAUCAAUGCCGGUAUCAAGCUUACUGCCAUAUCGAGCUACAACCACCUCGGCAACAAUGACGGCAAGAACCUGAGCUCUCAGAAGCAGUUCCGCUCGAAGGAGAUCUCUAAGUCUACUGUCGUGGACGACAUGGUCGCGGCUAACAAUAUCCUUUACAAAGAAGGCGAGCACCCGGAUCACUGCGUCGUCAUCAAGUACAUGCCCGCGGUUGGCGACAACAAGCGCGCUCUGGAUGAGUACUAUGCCGAGAUCUUCAUGGGCGGACACCAGACCAUCAGUAUCUUUAAUGUUUGCGAGGACUCUUUACUGGCUUCGCCUCUGAUCAUUGACCUUGUGCUUAUCACUGAGCUGAUGACGCGCGUUCAGUGGAAGGAUGCCUCUUCCAAGGAUUAUCAAGGGUUCCAUAGCGUGCUGAGCGUUCUUAGCUACAUGCUCAAGGCUCCACUUACUCCGCCGGGUACGCCGGUCGUCAACUCGCUUGCAAAGCAGCGGGCUGCGCUCAUCAACAUCUUCCGUGCAUGCGUCGGUUUGGAGCCCGAGUCUAAUAUGACGCUCGAGCACAAGAUGUUCUAG